CCAAAACAGACUGGACGUGAAAGCUUCACGCACAUCAGCACAUCUGCACUCGGCAGAGCAGCUGGAGGCGACACUGGCACUCAGGAUUCUCCUUUUACGCAGCUACAUGGCACUAUUUUUUGUUCCGCCUCGACUCCAGCAGAAGAAAGUGCUCCUGUUUUAAACAGCAACGUCGUUUGUGUUCUACUGAAAGCGGAGGAAACGAUAUGCUGUGCCUCCGAGAGUCCGGCGACUGUUUGAGGGAGCACAUGCACUACAUGAUGAGAUCCCUUCAGGACUUGAAGCAUCUGAGAAGGACGUGUCCCGCAACCUGCAGAAACACUCGCCCUCCCAGCACCAACCAGCUCCCCACCUUUGCCGUCAGCGGCCCUUCGGCUGUGCCUCUGUCCUGCCGGCCCAGGGACCAGCGCGCCCGUCUCAGGAUAUCCAGCGCCAGCACGGCCAGUACCUACGACUCGGCCUGCUGCCUGGCCACCCCUCUGGAGGAAGAGGAGGACGAUGACGAAGACGACGGAUGCAGCCGUCGCCUCGGCCUCAACUCGCCUAGCAGCCACAAAAGUUUGGACUUUGACUCCGGGUACUCGGAGGCGUCCUGGCAGGAUGAGGGGGUCGUCCUCAGGAGGACGAGGAACGUGCGCGUGUCGUCCUCAGCCUGCCUGCGCACCAACAGGGCGGCUAGUGGACGCACUCGGCCUAAAUCGACGUCGGACGCUUGUCUGGAGAGGUGGACGUCCUUCGAGACGGGCGACCCGGAGGACUGGGCCAACGCUCUGCUGACCAGAGGACGCAGCCGUCAACCUCUGGUUCUGGGAGACAACAGCUUCGCAGACCUCGUCCAGAACUGGAUGGACCUACCAGAUUGUCCCGAGCCCACCGAGCCGAAGCCCAAAACCAGACGCCGACUGGGACGAACCCUCUUAGGAAACAUGCGAAGGAAACUGGCCGGCUUGUCAAAGAGUGUGGAGGAGAGAGUGAGGAUGAGGUCCGCAGACUCUCACCUCAGCAGAACCGCCAACGCCCCCAAGCGUCUCUCGUGUCCCGUUGUGUCGUCGGAGCCGAAGGUCCCCUUUUUCCACCAGUCCCACUCGGCCAUUCACGAGCUGGACACGGACUUUUACCAUUUUGCCGCUCUCAUGAAGUCGGGGAGCAGGCAGCCCAUCAUAUGCAAAGACAUUAUUGGCUACAUCUGACACACAGAGUCACUUUAUUCGUAUUUGAUGUCAUGUUUCUCACUUUUUUUUUCAUACUUGAUAUAGCGAAGACCUAUUUAAAUGCUCCUUGUUCAUUGAAUACUCGGAUGUGAAGGAUUGUCAAAAGUGUCCACGGGGGAGUUGAAGGAACAAACUGUACUGUUACACUGCAAAUAAAAAAAAACUGACCGUAAGCAUCAAACGUGCAAAGUUGUUAUUCCUUAGCUUUGGAGUUAUUUUACGCCGCUUUCACAAUUUUUAAAUCAUGACGUUUUCCCCAGGUCAUUUUUGCAGCGUUGUGGUUCGCACGUCCACAUUGCAGGUCUGACGUUUUAGUUUUUCCCACAUUCCCAAAACCUGCAUGUUGAGUUUAUCGGAGAUUCUAAAUUGCCCUUUGUGUGAACGCGUGCAUGAAUGAUUGUUUCUUAUAUGCCCUGCGAUUGGCUGGCGUCCAGUUCUGGGUGUAUCCUGCCUCUUGCACAAAGUCAGCUGGGAUAGUCU